AUGGUGAUCAGAUUCACGGGCGGUGAAGCAAAAGAGGCACCAGAGCUGCCGACAGUCGAUGUCGAGCGGACAGUACCGCCAAUUGCCGCGCUCAGCUCGUCGCAUUCCGCAAAACAGGCGGGUCACUCAACGAUGCUCAAGAAAGAAGAGAGUGGGACUGAUAUUUUCCCAGCACCGUCGUCGCAUGAGGUUAAUGUGCCCUGCGAAAUGGAUCCCAAUGACGACACGUCUUGGUCACUUUGUGUGUCGACGGACAAUGUUGAGUACAGCCGCGAAGAAAUGGAUAAUUUGCUGGAGACUUUACGAGAAAAUAACAAGAGUGUCGGCGGUCUCAAGCACAAAGGGCGCUACUUUGGUCUUGUUGGUUUUGUCCGAUUCACGUCGGGAUAUCACAUGGUCCUCAUAUCUCGACGCAGUGUUGUGGCGCUUUUGGGAGGCCACUAUAUAUACCAUUGCGAUGAAACCAAGAUGCUUCCGAUAUUUCACUAUACACAUCUAUCCAAUGUUCCAGGACGUACAAAAGCAAAGGAAAACGCCGAAGCUAACCUGCUGCAUACAUUCAGCCAGGUGGAUCUGAGCAAGAAUUUUUAUUUCAGCUAUACAUACGACCUGACAAGUACGCUGCAAGUAAACAUGACCGGGCCUUGCGUUAGCAGCGAUGCGUUUAAUGCUGGAUCCUGGAACUACAACGAGAAAUUUAUCUGGAACUAUUAUCUUUUAAUCCCAGCGUUUCGAGACUGUCGGCAUACAGAAAGUCAAACUGAUGCGCAGGAAGACACAGUACUUGAAGCAAAGCGCCAAUGGGUUCUUCCCAUGGUCCAUGGAUUUGCUGAUCAAGCAAAACUAAGUGUCCUUGGCAGGGUCAUUUAUAUCACGCUAAUUGCUCGCCGUUCACGACAUUUUGCCGGCGCACGGUUUCAUAAGCGAGGUAUUAAUCCUCAUGGUUACGUUGCCAAUGAUGUCGAGACAGAGCAAGUGGUAAAUGAACCUAUUACAAGUUCUUUCUUUGCACCAAAUUAUCGCAGUUGGGCGCCUCAUCCACGCUACCGUGCGUCGCCGCGUUUCACCUCUUUUGUCAUGGUCCGCGGCUCUAUUCCUGUGUUUUGGACGCAGGAUACAUCCAACAUGUCUCCACGACCACCUAUUACGAUUUCACAUCCCGAUCCUUACUAUACCCCUGCGAUGCAGCACUUUGAUGUACUCUUUCGCGCAUAUGGAACGCCAGUUAUUGUGCUAAACCUCGUCAAAAGCAAGGAGAGGCAGCCCCGUGAAAGCAAACUGUUGCAGACGUACACGGAAUGUGUUCAACAGCUGAACCAAUUUUUGCCGGGUAGCGACGACUUGAAGCGAAGCAGGAAGAUACGGUACAUUGCGUGGGAUAUGAGCCGCGCAAGCAAGAGCCAGGACCAGGACGUGAUUGAGACACUGGAGACAAUUGCGAAAAACACCAUUGCUGCAACUGGCUAUUUCCAUUCGGGGCCGCUUCCCCAGCGACUUCAAGGGCAAAGUUCUCCAGGCACCAACAUUCUCUUGCAGCACGGCAUAACGCGCGUAAAUUGUGUGGACUGUCUUGAUAGGACCAAUGCAGCGCAGUUUGUCAUUGGAAAAGAAGCACUCGCACAACAACUUCACGCUCUGGGGCUGUUAGAGCAUUCAAGUUUAUCUUUUGACUCCGAGAUGACUCGUAUGCUCACAGAAAUGUACCACGACUUGGGCGAUACGAUUGCGCUCCAAUACGGCGGCUCGGCAUUGGCACAUAAGACCGAUACCUACCGUAAAAUAAAUCGAUGGACAUCCCAUUCGCGCGAUAUGGUGGAAGGACUGAGGCGGUACUAUGCAAACUCGUUUGCCGAUGCGGACAAACAAGCGGCCAUUGACCUGUUCCUUGGCCAGGAACAGUAUGGCCAGGAGGAGAUGCCUGUGAUCGCACGGUGGGAUAUACAAUCUUUUAAAGCGACGGAAGAGGCCCUUGUGCAAGACGAAAAUAUGGAACGCCACGAAACGUACAUGCGCGCUUUUGCGAAUGCAAACGACCAAUUCUGGGAUCUGUACUAUCGUCCGUCGUUGUUUACAGAUCUGCAGCGCCACCAUGCGUUCAAAAUGACAGCCGUACUGCAGCAACUUUCCAUCUUCCCGGGCUUUGCGUACCCAUCGCUAAACACCGAGGCAUCACUUAUGGUCGAUCCUACACCCUCGACGCCGCCAUCGGUCCAAGCGACUGACCAUCUAGCAAAGCGGACCUCGCUGUUGGGCGACAUGCAGCGCUGGAUGCGGCCCGCGGAGAACCCUAGCAACAAGAGCACUACUACACAGCAGCAUAGUGCAUCAGUGGAUUGCUCACAGGAAGCAAGUGCACAACGCACAGUUUCGCCGGCUUGGACGGAUGCAGCAUCCACCAUGGGAGCGUUGCUCGAUCGUAUACUGCAUCCCGUGAUUUCGAAGCAAGAACAGCGCGAGUACUUUGCUUAUGCAACACAGUUCAAACAGUUCUCGUUUGGACAGGUACAUCGUGCUACGGGUGCUGAUUUACACGUGUACGAUACGUUUACUAGUUUGUCUUCUACGCCAAUGCAGCUGCAAGGAAACUAUGAGCCGAACCGCGCUGACCCUACACUGCUGAACUACAUGCGAUUUGGCCAAGCGGCCCGAAAUUUGUCACACGGUUCGCAUCGUGGCACGCCGCCUCCCGAUCCACCCUCCAUGGACGCCAAAGUCCGUACCUUUGCCGCUUGGCUUCACGCGAUGCCUGCGCGCUAA